AUGUCUUUUAACAAUCUAGCAUUUAAUGUAUCGAAAUCCAACCCUACUACAUCUACAUCUACGAGUAAUGCUGAUACAACUGCCACUAUGAGCGGGACUAUGGCAUCGAAUGAAAGCAAUGUGAGAUCAUCUCCUAAACCGGUUUCUGCUCCGGUAAUAAAAAAGCAAAAUGACGAGCUGGUUAUGGGCGAAACCGCGCUUGCUGAACCGGCUGGUAGUUCAUUUGGUAUAUCGAGAUCGCGGUACAAUACAAAGGAGAACUCGGGCUCGGGCGUAGGAGCACCCUCUUCGAGUUCGAAAUUAACAUUGAGUCCCACUGUAGCGGCUCCGGCGGUUGUCACCAUCGACAACCAUACCAAAACACUCGAGUCCGCUACUGUUAAUCCCUCAAAGACCGAUUUGAUAGGGCUAUUUGAUAAAUUUGACUUGAAGGGGACCGCUGAGCUACAAGAGGAUUUACAGCUGGAAGAAAGCUCAGAUGUUGCGAAGGAGAAGGAGAAGGAGAAGGAGGAGGAGGAGGAGGAGGAGGAGCAUGAGUGUAAAAUUGAAAAGAUGGAACUGGACGUUGACAAUGAAUCUGUUGCCGCAUCUAACACAACUGAAGAAAAGAGAGUAAAGCCAAAGCAAACGGUGGAGAAAGUAGACAGUCGAGCUCAUUUGUUGAUGUCAAUACAGCCUUACAACCCACCUACAUAUGAGAUGGACUUGUUACAAGAAGAAGGAGAAGCAAAUGGAGAAGGGGAAACAAGAGAAGAAGGAAAAGUGCAAGAAGAAGAAAUCAUCAAUAAUAUGGCCACAGGACAAGCCAACGAGGUUGUGAAACUCCAAAAUGGCUAUUCUGCUCUACCGAAAGAUUACAGUGUACCUACUAGUCAAGAUAGUUCUCACAAUAAUAUCGAAGGUGAUUUGAUUCAACUUGACGAAGAUGAUUCAACAGCUCCAAUUACUCAUGAUAAAUGGACCCAGAAUAAAACCUUGGAUGAGAAAAUCAAUCAAAAAGACAGUAUUGAUGGAUGUAACCAGACCAGUUUGAAAAAUGGUAUUUCAGCACCAGCAGUAGCAUCCGCUGGUGGUGCUGCUGCUGCUGCGCUGCUGCUGAUAAGAGAUGUGCAAAACAACUCUUCCUCGGAAGCUUCUUCCUCAUGGGAAAAUCUGAAAGUACCACUGGCAAGUAUAGAGGAGAAAGAAAUGGAAACGGAUUAUAAAGGAAUCGAGAAUACUAAACCCAAGCAUGCAAGCAUACCGGAGGCAGUAAAAAAGACAUCUUCUUCAACCAAGACACCACUUAAUAUUAAAAACAAGGUCAGUCCAAUAGAACAACAUCAACAAUCUCAUAAGUCAUUUGACUUUCAGACUUUUCUAAUUCAAUUGAGAAAAAAAUCCGCAGACCCAAUUGUACGAUACUUGAGGUCGUUUCUUGGAUCAUAUAUCAAACAAGGCCCAACACUUACUUCUCAACAAAGAAUAACCAUUAUUGCAGAUUUUAAAGUCUUUAUAAGUGAAAAAUUCAAACUUUACGAACCGUUUAAAUCUAUGGACAGUGUAGACUUGGAAAACUCGCGUGAAGGUUUAGAGAAACUUAUAAUGAAUCGAUUGCACGAUUUGUGUUUUCCUCCCGAAGUGCUAAAGCACUCUCUUCAGCGUCAAAUACCAAAGGCUUAUAGGGAUGAUUUGUAUCAGGACAAGCAGUUUGCAAUGCAAUUGGAGAAGUUCAGUUGGAUAAACGGAUUGCAUUUUGACAUUGACAUGUCUCAACUAAGUACAGUAAGUGUUAAGGAAGGACAAAACUUUUUCGAUUAUGCAAUCAUUGAAUUGAACAAAAUCAACAAAUACCGGGCACCCAGAGACAAGAUCAUAUGCAUAUUAAACUCGUGCAAAAUCAUAUUUAGCUAUUUGAAAAUAAGCAACAAGGAAACUAACGCGGACUCGUUUGUCCCGUUGCUUAUUUUGGUCAUUUUCAAAGCAAAAACUAGUCAUUUAAUAAGUAAUAUCCACUAUAUUGAAAGUUUCCGUGGAGAGGAGUGGCUAUUGCAUGGAGAAACAAGCUAUUACUUAUCAUCUAUUCAAGGAGCAAUCAACUUUAUACAAAAUUUGAGCAAGGAGGACAUUACCAUUACCCAGGAAGAGUACGAUGCACAUAUGGAAGCCUGGGAAGCAGAUCGCAAGCAGAUUGAAAAGCAAGAAAGAGAAAAUAUGGAACGUCUCCGUCAAAUAGAGUUGCAACGCGAACAAGCAGAAGAAGAAGAAGAAGAAGAGGACGAGGAGGAAGAGGAGGAAGAGGUAGAGGCUCGUGAAACAAAAGCGAGACAAAUAUUGGAAAUUUCACCAACUAGACCCCGUCGCUUGUCAUACCCUCAACCUCGACAUGUCCAAAGCAGUAAUAGAUUACGAGAAGACGAUGGUACUUUACUUUCACCAGUGAGUGGUUUAUCACCUUCAAAUGUACUAGCUUCAAGUGCCGAAAUAUUCUCAAGAUCGAUUACGAAUUUUCUUUCCUUGCUGCCACAACCUAAUGAAACGCCCAACGAGACUUCUUAUUCUCCAGAAAGAACACAAUUACAAAAUGGCUCACCUCCACCUCCAGCACUACCACAUCGGAACCCACUGUACAAUGCAAGUAACCUAUUGUACAAUAGUGAGUCGGAUCAACGAAUUGAAGCAGAUUAUUCUGAAAUGUUAUACCAGCCUCGAGAGCCUAGAGAAGAUGAAAUUAAUUCAGAGCAAAUGAAGAACGCUUACAAUAUCCUCAAGGAAGUGUUUCCUACACUCGACACAAAUAUUCUAAAAGAUGUAAUAUUCAUCAACAAAGGUGACGUUGAUGUUUGUAUUGACGCAUGUUUGCCGCUUGUCGAUGGUCAAUGA